AUGACCCACGAUCCUGAAAAAUUUGAUUCUAUGCUUCUUGCUAUGGCGCAGCAACAUGAAGGAGGAGUUAAAGAUUUAUUGGAUACAAUAGUAGGAUUUCUAGCAAGAAAAACCGACUUCUUUGUUGGUGGAAAGGAAGGCGAAUGGGAAAAGGUGGUUAAAGAUACAUUUUACAAACAUUCCGCUAAGGCUAGAGAGGAGAAAGAGAAGAUAAAAAGAGAUAAACUGGAAGCUGAAAAGAGACUAAAGGAAAUACAACAGAAAAAAGAACAAGAACGUCUAGCUAAAGACUUUGAACCAGCUACUGUUACCGAAUUAACUGAUCAGGAGGCAGAAAAUUUACAAAAUGACCUAGAAAAAAAUAAACAGGGCAAGGAAGAAGAUGGCAGUGGUGAUAGUGCAUCAAAUGAUCCAGAAACUUCCACUGUACCGGAUGAAGAAGAUGAUCCCAAAGAAAAGAACAAGUUAAAACCUAAUUCUGGCAACGGAUGUGACCUAGAAAAUUACAGAUGGACACAAACAUUGGAAGAGGUUGAGGUAAGUCAGCUAAUUCUAAAGGCUGUCAUAGAAUAUAGGUUCUAUGUACCGAUAUGUAUGUGA